AAACGCAACACUGCUUUUGUGCCGAGCUGAUGUUUGCCUUGGCCCUCGCGAGGCAUUCCACAUGCACCACCUCGCUGAAGAGCCAAGCGCGCCGAAGAAGAUGCACGCGGACUUCCUCUGUGCUCCAGGUACCCAAGAACAACCAUCCUUCUUUUCCUCGGUCCAGAGCGCCCUGGCGCCCCUAGCCGAAGCCGUGUGGGGCUCUCGUGCCACGUGCGUGACCACCACAGUGGACACUGCGUCACAGGCACCCGCCAAGCUUUCGUGCAAGGCUCCGAGCUUCCUGCCACCGGCACCGCUGCCCUGGCUGGACAGCCUGGAGGAUGGCCAUGCCACGCUCUCCCGUGAGGGGUGCCUGUUGCUGGACAAAGCGAUCCCCAGAGAGAAGUGCGAAGCCCUGGCGGCGCUGGUGGACCUCGUUUUAGACGACGCCUUGAAAGAGGUCGAGGAGGCACCUGAUGCGGCGAGCCGCUCCAUCCUCACGAAGAAGUACUUCCGCAAGUUGGUGCACAAGACGAAGCAGGACCGUAUCGAGCUCACCUUGCCCAUGGAGCCGCAGGUGAGGGAAGUUCUGGACUGUAUCGGCCAGCUGCUGAGUGGCAUGCUGGAGCCCUUCCUGACGCGUGAGGCGUUUCUGGUGGACUUGUCCUGCAUGAUCACCGAGGCCAACGCGGAGCCCCAGCCCCUGCACGCGGACACGAAGAUCAUCGACAGCGGGCUUUUGCCCUUGUUCACGGUGUUCGUGGCCCUUCAGGACAUCACCAAGAUGAUGGGCCCCACAUGGCUGUGCCCGCGCACCCACAACGCGGAAAGCCAUCUGCGGCUCAUGGCGUUGCAGGCGGUGCAGAAGUCCGGAUUCGUGGGGCCCAGCCUGGUGCACCAGUUCGGCGGCAUGCCCGCGGACUGCGAGACGGGCUCGGUGAUCUGCAUGAACUCCCAGCUUCUGCACUGCGGCGGCGGCCAGGCUUCAGCAGAGGAGGGAGGCCAAAGGCGGAGGCUCCUUUACGUCACCUUCUACCGCCCGGGCAACACCCCGGCUGAGCACUCCUUGAGGGACGAGCUGGUGGGUCAAUACCGCCUGGGCGACUUCGACGGCUUGCCGCCCCCGAACUGCGAGCCGGACGCGGAGUACGACAGCCUCUUCGUGGCGGCGAACCGCCGGGAGCUCGAGGCCAUGCUGCAGUUCGCCAUCUUCCUGCGCCGGCGCGCCGACCGGGGCGCGGUGAUGUGGUUCAAGCGCGCCAAGGGCAAGGGCCACCCCCUGGCGUCCAUGCAUCUCGCAGAGAUCUAUCUCCAAGGCGAGCUGGGUGUCUUCAAGGACCCCAUCCAGGCCGAGCACUUCCGACAGGAAGGCCUAAGGCUCUACGAGGCCCUCAAGGCGCGCGCAGCUUCCUCGGAAGCUGAGUCCAAAGAGGAGCCCAAAGAUGAAGAGCUGGCAAGGCCCUCGGCAGCCGGCUGAGCGCCACGCGGAGA